UACAGUUGGUUUGCAACCCGCCAGUAAACCCACAAAAGAAGAAGUAGGGCGCACCCCGCCAUUGUUGCUAUGGAGGAAGCGCCCCUGGUUACGCUGGCUUGUGUUUAAAAAAAAUCCCACAACGCACAAGAGCUGGCACGUAAACUUUGUGAUUUGUACGAUCGUCUAUUCUGACCUGUAACAGUUCAACCAGUAUGGACAGAGAACAUCGAAAUAUCGUCAUUUUCAACGCAUCCAAACGAGAGCUCUUCACUGCUAACUCUGGAUUCAAGUCCCUGCAGAAGAAACUAAGAGCACAGUGGAAGAUUCAAAGCAUUAAAGAAGAGCUCACAUUGGAAAAACUCCAAGGAGUGAAGUUAUGGAUCACUACAGGUCCUCGGGAACAGUUCACUUUGGCUGAGUUGGACGUUCUUAAGCAAUACCUAGACAGUGGUGGAGGGAUUCUUGUGAUGCUCGGAGAAGGAGGUGAAAUGAAAUAUGAAACUAAUAUCAACUUUCUACUGGAAGAGUUUGGCAUUAUGGUUAAUAAUGAUGCAGUAGUAAGAAAUGUCUAUUACAAAUAUUUUCAUCCCAAAGAAGCACUUGUGUCCAACGGUGUUCUGAACAGGGAGAUAAGUCGUGCUGCUGGUAAAGUGGCUGUUGGAGUGAUUGAUGAAGAAAAUACAGGAAACAAUUCACAAGCACUUACGUUUGUAUACCCUUAUGGAGCCACAUUAAAUGUGAUAAAGCCUGCGGUGGCAAUCCUGUCCACCGGCUCUGUGUGCUUUCCUCUUAACAGGCCUGUUAUGGCCUUCUGUCAAGCCAAGAACGCGGGCAAGUUGGCAGUUCUGGGCUCAUGUCAUAUGUUCAGUGACCAGUACAUGGACAAGGAGGAAAAUGGUAAAAUAAUGGAUGUUGUUUUCCAGUGGCUUACAACUGAUAACAUUCAUCUUAACCAGAUAGAUGCCGAAGACCCUGAGAUCACAGACUACACCAUGCUACCCGACACAGGUUGUCUGUCCGACAGACUGAGGGUAUGUCUGCAGGAAGGAGACGAGAACCCGCGAGAUUUCACUUCUCUCUUUGACACGUCUCUUCUAAAGCUGCACACAAACACUCUUCCCUCAGUCAUUGAUGCUUACAGGCAGUUGAAUGUCAAACAUGAACCUUUACAGCUGAUCACACCACAGUUUGAAACCCCUCUGCCCCCUCUGCAACCUGCUGUCUUUCAGCCAGCAUUUAGGGAUCUGCCCCCACCCAUGCUUGACCUUUUUGACCUUGAUGAGACCUUUUCUUCAGAGAAAGUCAGACUGGCUCAGCUCUCAAAUAAAUGUAAUGAUGAUGAUCUUGAGUUCUACAUACGCAAAUGUGGAGACAUCUUGGGAGUAACAGGAAAUUUAGACAAAGACAAAAGAGAUGCAAAGCACAUACUGGAACAUGUCUUCUUCCAGGUGGUGGAGUUCAAGAAACUCAAUGAAGAGCACGAUAUUGACACAACAGAAACACGGUUCACUUUGUUCUGAAGAAGGAAGUCUUGAAGCUGUUGAGUAAUGAGAUAUUGAGGCUUUUUGUAUAUACACAUAUAGAUACUAAAAGCAAAUGCAACUUGUGAUUUGUUCCGUUAAAGUUUGUGAGAACAUUGUGGAACUUUAUAUAUAAUUGCAGGUAUAUUUGGUGUCGUGUCAUUUUUUCCAAUGGUUAUGGUUUUAAUUAUUUUAAUAAUUUGAUACCCAUUGUCAUGGAUCACAAGAUGCUAUAGGCCAUGACAAUAUAUUUUCUAUAAAAGUGUCUUUAUAUAGAUGAUUUUUUUUUCUGUUUUCUGAAUUAGUCAUUGCUUAGUCUUACAGUCAACAUGGACCUAUGCAACAAAACUAGUAUUGAUACACAGAGAAUCUCUUCUUACACACAGAGCUAUAUAAGCUAUAUAACACACUGAAAAUAUUAUAUUAUUAUGGCCUGUAACGUCUUGUGACAAUGAGUACCAAAUAAUUGAAAAAGUGGAAAAAUGAUUUUGGACUCAAAGUACUUGCAGUUAUAUACACCCUUAAAUGCGUUAGUCCUCAAAUGUAAAUAGUCUUUUUUUUCUGAAGAUGUGUGAAGAGUUUCUUAUGUUUGAACAAAUUACAGUUAUGUUCAAAAUAAAAGCAGUGCCACACAUCAGUAA